CCAGGACUGUGCAGCCCCCUUCUCAUCCGGAGGUGACUACAUCUCUUGGAUUGCGGGUGGCUCAUCCCGUGAAGACUGGAAGCUGAGGGCUCCAGGCCCAGGCAUCAGAGCGGACCAUGGCUCCCAGCCCCUGGGGCUGUGUGUAUGGCCUCCUGCUGCUGUUGCUGCUGCUGUCCCUGGGGGCUGGCUCUGCCCUGGGCCGGGGCCUUCCCAGGCCACUUGAGGACUUGGAACCACACUUGAUCCCAGGAGCCCACCCCAAGGGCCCUGUUGGCACAGAGCCCCAGGCCUUUGACUUCUUCUGGGAGAAGCCCAGAGAUGAGAGCCCCUGGAACUCCAAUGUCCCCCAGGUCCCUGCUGAGGAGGUGCCUGAGAGGCCCACAGACUCCCUUGGCCCAGCCCUGCAUGGACCUAAAGCAUCCCAUGGGGUGCAGAGAGAAGGACUCCCAGUAACUGAUGACCUCCAGGUGGCUCGAGGGCCAAUUUUUCAGGGCUGGACAGGACCUCCUGAAUCACAGGAGUCUAUGGAGCAAGAAGCACCAGCCCCCUAUCCAGUGGGCACCCCCCAGCUCACUUUCAUCCCCACAACUCCCAGACUCCAACUCGGGCUAGCCACAGUUCCCCCCACCCCAGGGCAGCCUGGAAGCCAAGUGGGACAGCGACCACCUAGAGAUGAGGGUCUUGUGGCCAAAGCCAAGAUCAGGGUCUCAGAGACAUCCCCCUGGCACCACAAGGGCCCUCCCCACACUCCUGCGCCACGCCCAGGCACUGUCAUGAGGCCAGGGCUGAAAGAACAGGGUGGGAGUGAGGAGGACUUCCAGGAGGCAGCUCAAGGCCCCCUCCUCACUCAGCAGGAGCCAGCAGCCCCUGAUGCUGGCUCAGCAUCACCAGCUGAGGUGGCAUCCUCUCAGGAGCCUGGGUCCCAGCCGGACCUGGCAUUGGCCAGAAGCCUUCCUCCUGCUGAGGAGCUGCCCAUGGAGCUCCCCAAGAAGGCUGGAGGUGGGGAGACCUGGGAAGUCAGUAUUCCAAGUCCCUCACCCAAACAGACUGACCUCCCUGAUGUUAGGGGCUCAUCAGGACCCCAGCCCUCAGGUCUCCCAGCCUCAGAGACUCCUCAUGGGCAGCCCAAGCCAGAGAUAGCAGCAAUGAAUGGAGCAGCCCCCAUCUCCCCCCAGCGGGUGAGAGGAGCAGUGGAGGCCCCAGGUACCCCCAAGUCCCUCAUCCCUGGCCCUUCGGACCCUGGCCCAACUACAAACGGAACAGAGAGCCCUGUGGGAGCCCUGCAGCCAGAUGAAGCUGAGGAGUGGCCGGGGCGCCCCCAAAGCCAUCCCCCAGCGCCCCCUGUCCAGGCCCCCUCGACGUCACGCCGGGGCCUCAUUCGGGUCACCACGCAGCGUGCCCUGGGCCAGCCACCCCCUCCGGAGCCCUCCGCCAGCUCCGUGGCAUCAGUCCCAGCCUCCAGCCCCCCGGCCAACGCCACCUCACCCCCCCUGCGCUGGGGUCCCCUGCGGCGGGUGCUGAGCUUUUCCUGGGAGCUGCACGUCUACGGGGUCGGGGUGCUCUUCCUGCUGCCUGCGUUGUUGGCACUGGCCUCGCUGGCAGCCGCCCCUGCGGGGCCCCGGUUGGCACUGGUGGCGGCGGUGCUGGUGCUGGUGGCGUCGGGGCUGCGGUCUGCCUACAUGCUCACCGACCCCUAUGGCUCGCAGGCACGACUGGGUUUACGCGCCGGCCUGGUGCUCUACAAUCUGCCCUUUCCCUUGCUACUCACCGCGCUGGCGGCCCUGACCCUGCUCGGCCUGGGCGCGGGGCUGCCACAGCAGCUGCAGAACCCUCUCCUCCUGGGAGCGCUGGCGUUGGCGCACGGCUUGGGGCUGCUCGCCACAGACCUGCUGUCGGCGAGGCCUGCUUUCAAUCUCCUGGCUCAGGGCUUAUCGUGCGCCUGGGGCGCGUCCGUGGCUCUGGGCACGCUCUGCCUGUGCCGUCGCCGCCUGCUGGACGGGCCGAGGGGCUGGGAUGCCAGUCCAGGCCCGAGGCUGCUGGCCGUGGCGGGCGCGCUGGGGCUGCUGGCCAGUGGCUUGCAGCUGGCGGCCGCGCUCUGGCUGUACCCGGGCCCCGGCCGGGUGGGCCACUUCUCGUGGGCCUGGUGGGGCGUCCACUUCUGGCUGCGCCUGCUGGAGCUGACGUGGGCGCUCACCCUGGCGCUGGCCGCUCUGGCCGCCGCGCGGCCCAGGCCGCCCACAGAGCACGCCUGCUGGGCUAAGCUGCUGCGCCUGGCGUGCCCUGCGCCCUCCGGCAAGAGCGAGGUGCCCGAGAGGCCCAACAACUGCUACGCGGGGCCCAGCAGCGUCGGCGCAGGUACCCUGGACAUUAGCAAGAGCCUCAUCCGCAACCCGGCGGAGGGUGGGCCUCCAGCCACGCCCAGUUCAGGCGCCUGGGGUUCGGCUGCGUCGCUGGGCCGCGGUCCCCUGGGUGGCCCGGGACUGUCCCGCAGCAGCAUGGGGCCGGCGCCAUCGAUGAGCGAGCUGGACCUGCGGCCGCCAUCACCCAUCAACCUGAGCCGCAGCAUCGACGCCGCGCUCUUCCGAGAGCACUUGGUGCGAGACAGCAUCUUCCGGCGCUGCGGCCUCCGUGGCCUGGCCUCCCCGCCGCCCGGGGGCGCGCUACGGCCGCGCCGGGGCAGCCACCCCGACGCCGAGCCAGACGGCGCAGGUUCUUCGCUCCUCCGCGGCCGCAGCCGGUCGCUCAGCGACGUGCGCGUGCGCGGCCCGGUCCCACCACACGUAGCGGACGAGCCUGAAGGGGCGGCUUCCGGCAGCUCCGUGGACAGCUUCUCACGGGGCUCGCUCAAGAUCAGCUGGAACCCCUGGCGCCACGGGCUGUCGUCGAUGGACAGUCUGCCCCUGGAUGAGCUGCCCAGCACGGUGCAGCUACUGUCUGCCCCAGCUCCUGCCCCGGGUCCCGCCCGGCCCGGGGAGCCCCAGAAUGGGAUCCAGCCUCAAUGCAAGCCCGGAGACUCCCGCAGCGCCUCCAGUGACACCAUCGAGCUCUGA